GGGAGCUGGGCAGGGGAGCCAUGGCGGCGGCCAAGCCGUGGGGGGAGCGGGGCUCGGCCGUGCUGGAGCUGCCCCGCACGCCGCGAUUGGUUUGCGUGGAGUACCCAGGGCUGGUGCGGGACGUCGGGGCCAUGCUGCGGACACUGGGAGGAGAGCAGGGGGUGUCGCGGAUCUACGCCGACCCUGCCAAAAGGCUGGAGCUCUAUUUCCGCCCCAGGGACCCUUACUGCCAUCCAGUCUGCGCCAAUCGCUUCCCCACCUCCACCAUGCUGCUCAAGGUGAAGAGGAGGACCAAGAAGAAGAAGCAGUCGGAGGCCGAAGAACAAAUCCAGCCAGAAGUCCAGUUUGAAAUGGAAAUUCUUGGGAUUGUCACCACCGUUUACAAAUUUCAAGGAAUGUCUGAUUUCCAGUACCUGGCGAUGCACUCUGCUCCUGACGGCAAACAAACCUCCAUGUAUGACAAAGUCCUAAUGCUCAAACCAGAGAAGGAAGAAUUUUUCAAUAGAGAAUUACCUCUCUACAUCCCGCCACCAAUUUUCUCACGUCUGGACACUCCUGUUGACUAUUUUUAUCGGCCAGAUAUACAACACCGGGAGGGCUACAACAACCCCCAGGUGUCUGGUGAGAACCUGAUUGGCCUCAGCAGGGCCCGUCGCCCGCACAACGCAAUCUUUGUGAACUUUGAUGAUGAAGAAAUCCCAACUAAACCACUGGAUGCUGCUGUACAGACCUGGAAGAAAAUGUGUACCAAUCCUGUGGAUAGAAAGGUGGAGGAAGAACUGAGAAAGCUCUUUGAAGUCCGUCCCGUCUGGUCUCGGAAUGCAGUAAAAGCCAAUAUCAGUGUCCACCCGGACAAGCUGAAACUUCUGUUGCCGUAUUUGGCCUAUUACAUGUUAACAGGUCCUUGGAGAAGCUUAUGGGUUAGGUUUGGGUAUGACCCCAGAAAACACCCUGAAGCAAAGAUUUAUCAAGUACUGGACUUCCGAAUUCGCUGUGGAAUGAAAUAUGGUUAUGCCCCUAAUGACAUGCCCGUGAAAGCAAAGCGCAGCACGUAUAACUACAGUCUGCCCAUCACUGUCAAGAAGCAAGUGAGUCAUACAGUCAGUGUACAUGAUCUGAAACAGGGGCUUGGUACCUCCGGUGCAUCCAGUACAAAAAAACCUGCAUCCAGCAGGUAUAAACUAAAGGAAUCCAUCUACAUUUUCCGAGAAGGAGCCUUACCGCCUUAUCGGCAGAUGUUCUACCAGCUCUGUGACUUGAAUGUGGAAAGCCUACAGAAAAUCAUCCAUCGGAAUGAUGGCACAGAGUCAGAAUGCACAGAGCGGGACGGGUGGUGCCUUCCAAAGACUAGUGAUGAUCUGCGAGAUACCAUGUCUCUGAUGAUAAAGCAGAUAAUCAGAUCCACAAGACCUGCUCUUUUCUCAAAUACAAGCAGCAGUGAAGACGGCAAAGAGCAGCUGGCAUAUGAGUCUGCAGAGGAUGAGGAUGAUGAAGAGGAGGAGGAAGAGGACUUCAAGCCUUCUGAUGGGAGUGAAAAUGAAAUGGAGACAGAGAUUCUGGACUAUGUGUGAACUCCGUGAGCCGUCUGGCUGCUGUUGGGCAGAAUCGUCUCUGCUCUCGUUCCAUGACAGCUGUGGGUUCAGCGACCAUGCCCAGGAUGUGGGAAAGCAGAACUUGUACUAAGACGACCACGGUCUCUCUACACUGACGGCAGUGCCUGCUGAUGGCCGUCACUGUGGGUGUUUGCGAGGCAUUGCCCACAUUUUCACACUUGCUGGCCAACAAGCCCUGCAGCAAACUCGCAAGAGCAAGCCCAGAAUCCAGACCAGCAGGUAGCACGCCAGAAUGGAGGAGGAGCUGCAUUCCCAGAUCUCUCCAUGGGUGAGAAGUGCACUUGCAGGUUCAAAUGAGUAGGGUUCAUUUGAAAAUGGGGCACCGGUCCCUCAAACACAAACCGAAGCUCAACCCAGCAGAGUUAAGGUAAGGCGCAAGCGCUGCCUCCCCUGCAGUCAGGUCCACUCCUCUUUCUCCAGGAACAUGCUGGCAUUUGGGGGAAGGAGAACAGGACAAUCCCUGCCUUGGGACAGAGACGUUUGAGCAUCAGUAUUUUAUUGCAAAGACUAAUUACAUUGCUGUGUACAAGUCA